AUGUUGCGAAUGGUUGUUUUGUUCGCGCUUUUGAUCCCUGUUGUCUCAGCAGUGGAGGAAAAACCAUUCGAAUACAGGCACAAGGGUAUGUACCGUGAAGUUCACGUCAGAAGUCGACUAACUUGCGAUAAUAAAGAUCUUCACGGCAUUCCUAUCGUGGUACGUUUGCAGACAGGUUGUGUCUCGUUGUACGGGGGAUCAUAAAGCAGUAAAAUUGACUUUUGGCAACUCUGAACUGUUUUUAAGGCCUCUUCAAUUUACUUACUCAUCAAUUUAGACUGUCCGUCUCUGGGAACGAGAUCUCGGAACCAACGCCUUUAUUGACUCGGACGAUCUGGUGAAGGUGGUCGAGGUCCCUGUCAAUGGAAAGUUCUAUAUUGCGGGCGGAGAACAUGAAAUGGGGGGUGUCAAUUUUUACAUUCAAAUGUAAGUGAUAUGCCACUGUUUUGAAUGAUUUCAGAAUCCACAAAUGCGGAGGCACCUGUCGGGAAUUCACGUUCAAUGCCGGUAGGUCCGUGAAGACCGAAUACGAGUUGAAGAAUCGGGGAAGCAAAUAUCGUCAAUGCCCGAAAAAGAUGUAUCCCAAAGCCCCGUAA